AUGUUGCAUCCACUAAAGCACUUUGCUCAAGACCCAGUCAUAUGGGCGGGCAUGAUUUGCAUUUUCUAUGCCCUCUUGAAGGCUAGUCUUGCUGGAUCUCCUUCUAACCCAAUCGUCUCAGUCGUAAUUAAUCAGACUUAUGCUGAUGAGAAUGAUGCUGAUCGUCUACUGAUUUCAUCAGAUUCUUGGGACCACUUUCUAUCAGUUUUGGGACCACAUUAUCCUCUAUUUUAUUACCAGAAGGAAGGGAAUUCUCCCGGUUCUUGUGAUUUCAAGGGUGCGGCCAUGAUCACUACCACUGAUCCAAGUCAUGGCAGUUGUAUAUUUCCAGGAAGCAAGAAGGCUAGCAAUAAAAAGACGAGCCAGGUAGUGAACACAACGAAAGCAAGUAGUGCAGGCACAAUGAGAUUGACUGGCUUCCAUGGCACUAGAACAAGCAUAUACAACACGGGUUUAUACCUACUCUCUGGUGUCCUUUUUUGUUUCUUUUAG